AUGGCUUCCUCAUCUAAUAAACUCUUCUUCCUUCUACUUACAAUCUUCUUCUCAAAUACUUGUGCUGUCCACUCUUCCAAUACUUCCACAGAAUUUCAUGCCAAACUCUCUUCCUUAGGAUCUUUCUGCAGAACUACCCCAUACCCAGAAGUUUGCUAUAAUUCAUUGAAGCUGUCCAUCUCAAUAAAUAUAAGUCCAAACAUCAUCACCUAUCUCCUUCAGUCCCUCCAAGUAGCAAUAUCUGAAGCCACAAAGCUUUCUAUUCUAUUCCAAAAUGUUGGACAAUCAAACAUCAUAGAGAAGCAAAGAGGAGCAGUUCAAGACUGUAGAGAACUCCACCAAUCCACCUUGGCUUCUUUAAAAAGAUCAUUAUCUACAAUUCGUUCCCAAAACUCAAGGAACUUAGUUGAUGCAAGAGCCUACCUCAGUGCAGCACUCACAAACAAGAACACGUGUCUAGAAGGCCUAGAUUCUGCUUCUGGUACCCUGAAGCCAGUUCUGGUAAAUUCUGUGAUUAACACUUACAAGCAUGUUAGUAAUUCUCUUUCAGUGCUCUCUAAGCCAGGGGUUAAGGUUCCCAAAGGCCACAAGAACCGGCGUUUGAUGAGUGCUCCAACUUGGUCUCCAAGCAGAGAACAUGACCUCUUGCAAAGCUUAGAUGGGGAAGAAUAUAAUCCAAAUGAAGUGCUUGUUGUGGCUGCUGAUGGAACUGGGAACUUUAGCAGCAUCACUGAAGCCAUCAACUAUGCUCCAAAUAACAGCGUGGAUAGGACAGUGAUCUAUGUCAAACGAGGGAUUUACGAGGAAUAUGUUGAAAUCCCAAGUUCUAAAACCAACAUGGUUAUGCUUGGAGAUGGAAGUGAUGUCACUGUCAUAACCGGUAACAGAAGCGUCGUUGAUGGCUGGACCACUUUCAGAUCUGCAACUCUAGCCGUCUCUGGUGAUGGCUUUCUGGCACGUGAUAUAGCAUUUGUGAACAGUGCAGGACCAAAGAAGCAUCAAGCAGUUGCCUUGAGGGUAAAUGCAGACUUGACUGCAUUUUACAGGUGUGCCAUUUAUGGUUACCAAGACACUCUUUAUGUUCACUCCUUUAGACAAUUCUAUAGAGAGUGUGACAUUUAUGGAACCGUAGAUUUCAUAUUUGGUAAUGCAGCUGUGGUUCUACAAGAAUGCAACAUUGUAUCAAGAAUGCCAUUACCUGGCCAAUUCACUGUCAUUACAGCACAAUCAAGAGAUAACCCAAAUGAGGACACUGGUAUCUCAAUCCAAAAUUGCUCAAUUAUAGCUACAAAUGAUUUAUAUUCCAACUCUAGCAGCUUCAAGAGCUACCUUGGGAGGCCAUGGAGGGUGUAUUCUCGCACUGUUUUCCUUGAGUCCUACAUUGGUGACUUUAUUGACCCAAAGGGUUGGACAAAGUGGUCUAAUGAUCAAGGAUUGCACACUUUGUAUUACGCAGAGUAUGAGAAUUAUGGACCUGGUUCAAGGACUGAUAAUCGUGUAGAAUGGCUUGGGUACCAUUUAAUGGAUUACAAUGAUGCAUAUAACUUCUCAGUUUCAGAGUUCAUUAGUGGAGAUGCUUGGCUUGAGUCUACUUCAUUUCCUUAUGAUGAUGGGAUUUGA